AGGAUCCCCACCUCGCCUGAGCUGUUAGCAACGUCUUACUCACCAUUGCAAAUACAGGAUGGAAUGAACAAGCCUAGCUGUAGAACCUCCUCACUAAUCGCUGCCUUGGCUAACUCAGAUCCGUAUAAAGAUCGCUUGCACCGCCGGGCUGACAAGAACGCCUCUUUCUGAUGUCAGACACUACACUGCCAGAGCAGACUAUAUCCACUACUUCCUUCACAUCUACCAAAUCAUUCACUGCGCUUGUCGCAAUAGCAGCAAUAAUCCUGGCGUUCUCUAGCUCCUUCCGUAAUACCCUCACCACCGUUCUCACGAAGCCUACCGCACGCACAAUGUCCACCGCUGCCGCACCAGCAAGCAUGAAAAUCACCAAGCGCCCAUGGUCGCAUCGCGGCCACGCCGACCACGACUGGCUGUACUCAUACCACACCUUCUCUUUCGCGUCCUACUACGACCCGCGCCACGAGUCCUGGGGUCCUCUGCGAGUCAUCAACGAAGAUCGCGUCAAGCCCGGCACCGGGUUCGGCGCACACUCGCACGCCGAGUUCCUGAUCUUCAGCUAUAUCGUGAACGGCACGCUUGAGCACAAGGACAGCAUGGGCAACCUGGAGAAUCUGAAGCGCGGGGAGGUGCAAUUCACAAGCGCGGGAACGGGCAUCAGACACUCCGAGUACAACAGGAAUAAGGACGACGAGGUGCACUUUUUGCAGAUCUGGGCCAAGCCAAACAAGAAGGGUCUUAGCCCGCAUUACGAGACCAAGAAGUUUACCGAUGAGCAGAAGACAGAUAAGUUGUGUAGGAUCAUGGAGUCGACGGACCGUCUUGGCGAGGAAAAGCAUGCCAUCGGCCUCCAGGCUGAUUUGAGCAUGGAUGCGAGCAUCUUGUCGCCGGGCAAGAAGGUCACGCAUGAGGUUGUUGCUCAAGGGCCGAGGAAGCUUUUCGUGCAAGUUAUCAUGGGCAAGAGAGCGCAGCCUAAGACUGGCGGGGCGCAGAUCAAGAUUGGCGAGACGGUGCUUGGUGAGGGCGAUGGUGCAUACAUCGACAAUGUCAAGGGACCCGCUAGUAUCGAGAUUGAGAGUGUGGGAGACAAGCCGGCUGAGUUUUUGUUGUUCGACAUGGGCCCUGAGCAGUAGUGAGCUAAUACUCCAGGUUGAGAUGCAAGCAUGUCCUUAGCCAUUCUCAGUACGUAGUCAACAACAGACUGUACCAUGCACUAUAGAGUCCUCGACGAAACCCAUGUCAGUGUGAUACUGUGUAGGACACGUACACUGUGGAUUCGCACGCACGGCGCGUUGUUGGUCAACUAUGCACGACUUCGCGGGCAAGAGUCCGUGCACAUAAUACAUGUCUAC